AUGGGGUGCCUCGCAGUGCUAUCCCAUUUCAUCUCACGCCUCGGCGAGUGCAGCCUCCCCCUUUACCGGCUUUUGAAGAAGAGCGAUCAAUUUGUGUGGACAUCUGAGACUCAGAUAGCGCUUGAUAGGCUCAAGGAGCUCCUGGCAAAGGCCCCGGUUCUAGUUCCCCUGACCGAGGGGGAGCCACUCCUGCUCUACAUUGCGGCCACAAUGCAGGUGGUUAGCACCGCCCUGGUCGUGGAGUGGGAGGAAGAGGGACACACCCUCAUGGUGCAACGCCCCGUGUACUUCGUUAGUGAGGUCUUGAUGGAUACCAGGACCCGCUGCACCCAAAUCCAGAAGCUCUUGUACGCCGUCCUAAUCGCUAAAAGGAAGCUACACCACUACUUUGAGUUGCAUCCAGUGACGGUGGUCACGUCCUUUCCUCUUGGCAAGGUUGUUUGGAACCCGGACACCGCCAGGAGGAUCGCGAAGUGGGCGCUCGAGCUGAUGGGCUAG